UCAACAUGAAAGAGGAUCAAGUUGUACAGGAAGAACCAGGAUUCCAAGAUGAAGAGGAAUCUUUGUUUCAAGACAUUGACCUAUUACAGAAACAUGGAAUUAACGUGGCUGACAUUAAGAAACUGAAGUCAGUAGGAAUCUGUACCAUUAAAGGGAUACAGAUGACAACAAGAAGAGCCCUAUGCAAUGUCAAAGGGCUUUCAGAAGCCAAAGUGGACAAGAUUAAAGAGGCUGCCAACAAACUCAUUGAACCAGGAUUCUUGACUGCAUUUGAAUAUAGUGAGAAGAGGAAGAUGGUUUUCCAUAUCACCACUGGGAGCCAAGAAUUUGAUAAGUUGUUAGGAGGUGGAAUUGAAAGCAUGGCAAUCACAGAAGCUUUUGGAGAAUUUCGUACUGGAAAAACUCAGCUCUCUCAUACCCUUUGUGUGACGGCUCAACUUCCAGGAGCAGGUGGCUACUCAGGAGGAAAAAUUAUCUUCAUUGAUACAGAAAAUACUUUCCGUCCAGAUCGCCUUCGGGACAUUGCUGAUCGCUUCAAUGUAGACCAUGAUGCAGUACUAGACAAUGUGCUGUAUGCGCGUGCAUAUACCAGUGAACAUCAGAUGGAGCUACUUGAUUAUGUAGCAGCAAAGUUCCAUGAAGAAGCUGGCAUCUUCAAGCUACUGAUCAUUGAUUCAAUAAUGGCACUUUUUCGAGUGGAUUUCAGUGGUCGUGGAGAGUUGGCUGAACGACAACAAAAAUUGGCCCAGAUGUUGUCACGACUCCAAAAAAUCUCAGAAGAAUAUAAUGUGGCUAUUUUUGUGACCAAUCAAAUGACUGCUGAUCCAGGAGCAACUAUGACCUUUCAGGCAGACCCAAAAAAACCCAUUGGGGGACACAUUCUGGCUCAUGCUUCAACAACAAGAAUAAGUUUGCGCAAAGGAAGAGGAGAACUGAGAAUUGCCAAGAUUUAUGACAGCCCUGAGAUGCCUGAAAAUGAAGCCACCUUCGCAAUAACUGCUGGAGGAAUUGGGGAUGCCAAGGAGUAGGUGGUGAAUUGAUGCAAAUU